UUACAUGUUUUAUUUAAGUAAGCAUGUAGAUAAACUACGUUUUAAUGACUAAGAUAUAUAUUUACAUAUUCCUAUUCUUUCGCUUUAAUCCUCAUUCCUCCGGACAAGCACAACUCCAAAUGUCAUUUUUCUUUGGAUAUAAAUUUGCACAUUUCCAUUCAGAAUAACUAAUUAUGAAGUAAGAUAACUAAAAUUUAUUUAUAGUAUCAUAAAUAAAACUUUAAAAAAUGUAAGAAUUGUAUAAAGUUAAAAAUAAUUAUGACUCCUCAUGCUACCUAUAUUACACUGUUUCCUAGUGGGACGGGUGUGAUGAAAAAUAACACGUGUCAAUGCACUAUUGGGUAAUGUCACGUGGCCAGUAAAACCAUUGGUUGAAACAGCACAGGCAGUGUGAGAGAGAUCUAUAUAUAAUAAGGCAAUAGACUUCGAAGAACACUGAGAUUUAAACACUUUCUAGAGAUCGAAAAUUUCCCUUCGGUGUUAGGGUUUGACAGUUAUAGUGGAAAAUGGGAGAACGGAAGCGAAUCCCUCUCGGGAUAUUUGCGGUGCUCCUUUUGAUUUCUGCCUCUUCUUUUCAGCUUCUCCUCGCUUCUGGUGAUGCAGAUGAUGCGAUCUUCUACGAGUCAUUCGACGAGGAUUUUGAAGACCGGUGGAUCACUUCUCAGAAAGACGAAUACAGUGGUGUCUGGAAACAUGCCAAGAGUGAGGGACACGAUGAUUAUGGUCUUCUUGUCAGUGAGAAAGCGAGAAAAUAUGCCAUAGUGAAGGAACUUGAAGAGGCAGUGGGUCUCAAGGAGGGAACUGUUGUUCUCCAGUUUGAAACUCGGCUUCAGAAUGGCCUGAUCUCAUCGAGAAAGGUGAAGAGCAACCCAAUCUCACGGUUGGCAUUCUUGUGGCCAUUUUGGUUGUCUUCGUGUCAAUUUUCUUCAGAAUCUUAUUUGGUGGGAAGAAGAAGCCCACAAGGGUGGAGAAGACAAACUUAGAACCCGCGGAAAGUGCUUCUAACCAAAAAAAUGGUGAGAAUGAAGAAAACAAAGAGAAGGAGGAAUCGUCUGCCCCUCCACGUCGUAGGUCAACAAGGAGAGAGAAUUGAAAUAUGAUUGAAUCGCUUGACAGGGGCGGCCAUUGAAGAACACUACCACCGCACUUAAAUUUUGAGCUUAGUUAAGCAUUAGGCACGAAGGAGUGUAGAUCAUUUUUGUGUGUUGUCUUGGAGACUUCAAAGUAGUAUUUUGUAUGUUUUUGUAUCAUGGGUUGGUCCCUUUCUGCUGUGUUGGUCACCUCUCAGACUUUUUAAGCUAAUUCAGGAUGCUGGAACCGUUACAAUUAUUUUCUAUUUUUGUUUUUAAGCCAGAAGCCCUUUUGGAAUUUUUAGAAA